AUGGCAGAGGGCAAAAAGAAGGACCCCAAUGCAAACUGGGACAAGACAGGAGGAGCGGAGCUUACUUCACAUCUCUGUGACAUCCCUGUCUCUGCUAACUGUUCAGAGGGGUCCCAACAAGUCAAGUCACUGAGCAGAAGGUCAAAGGUCACCUGGGAGAGAGUGGGCCUGCUGGUCCUCGGUGCUCUCCUGGCUGCUGCUGUUGCUGCUCUUGGUGUUACCGUGUCUGAAAACCUGAGGAACAAAGAAGAGCUCAAGAAACAAGAAGAGCUCAGAAAUGAACCCUGUGAUAGAUGUAAAGCAGGCUGGGAGCAUCAUGGAGGAAAGUGCUAUCAUUUCUCCAUCAGUAAAUCCUCCUGGAACCAGAGCAGAGCUGAAUGUAGAGCUAAAGGAGGAGACCUGGUUAAGAUAGACAGCAGGGAGGAGCAGAGGUUUCUGGAUGGAAAACUGAGAGGCUUAAUGAAUGAAGCUGAGGACAAGUUCUGGAUCGGACUGACAGACUCAGCAGCAGAGGGCAGAUGGAUGUGGGUGGACAACACACCACUGAAUGAAAGUUUGACGUUUUGGAGCAAAGGUGAGCCAGAUGACUGGAGAGGGACAAAAGGGGAACAUCCUGAUGGAGAGGACUGUGUGAGGAUGGGAGAAAAAGGUGGAGCUGAAGAUCUGAAGUGUUGGUUUGAUGCAUUCUGCUCAGAAGUGUUUGUGAGAAAGCAGGAGAACUGUCAAGUAUCUCUGCGGCAGGCAGGCGGGGGAUCCCAAAUGCAGGAUUCAGGUGGCCAGAGCCAAACCCAGGCUUCAGCCCUUUUGGUGCGAUGGGCAUUAACAGAGCAGGUCAGGUGCCAGCAGCUAGAGAUGUUACAUCUGAUACUAAAGUCCCGAGGCCUGUGUCGAGCCUCCUGGGCGUGUCCAGAUCAAGCCUGGGUCAAGGCCCACAUCGUUUUUCAGAACGUAACGUGACAAAAGUGAAACAAGUCCCCAUUUUCUGAAAUCAGGUGACUGCCUGAUUAUGUGAUUCAAGUUGCUGAAAAAGAAAUAGAGGAAGUGUUGUGGAUGAGCUGAUGUGAGUGUGAUCCACUGUUAUAGCGGCAUAAUGAGAAGCACCUGGAUCCUCACCUGUACACGUUAGAACUUCAGCUUCACUGCUUCUUCAGUCCUCUGUGAGUGUUUUCUCAGGCUUAUUACAAAAAGAAGGAAUCACCUGAUCCAACACUGUCAAUU